UUUUUCUCACUAUAAGUAUCCUCUCCUUGUAGCCAUAGGUUUUUAUCUUCUCCAAGUCAUCACCACUAAUAAUUUUCAAACAUAAAUUUCUUUUUAUCAUCUUAAUCAGAAAACGAAGAUGAAGCUCGUGAUUGUACAAUUCUCUAUAAUCUUUAUUCUCCUCACAUCUUCAUUGUUCGUGCUUUCAACCGCGGAUUCGUCGUGUGGUGGAAAGUGCAACGUGAGAUGCGCAAAGGCAUCACAACAUGACUUGUGCAUCAAAGAUUGCAAUAUAUGUUGCCAGAAGUGUAAUGGUUGUGUGCCCUCUGGCACUUUUGGACACAGAGACGAAUGCCCUUGCUACCGAGAUAUGAAAAACUCCAAAGGCGGGCCCAAGUGUCCCUGAACAUGUUUUUGAAGAUCAUCAUAAUAAUAAUACCUGAUAUAUGUGUAUGAAAAUAUACUUACAUCUUAUGUUUGAUUUACUAAAUAAAAAUUGAGAGAUUAAACUGAUUAA